CUCAGAGCUGUAUAUAUUAGUGGUAUUUACACAAGGGCGUGUGAUAGAAAAAGUACAUAACUGAACUUAUUCAGAGUUUCCUGUUUCCUUCUUGAUCCUGCAGAGGGGGAAUGACUUCUUUCCUUUGGAAGCGCAGAUUCUCUUUGGAUAAAUCUUAAUUAAAAUUCUAGCUGGAUUAGUAAACUUUGGUUAAUGAAUUGGCAUCAGGAAGCACCUAUAUUUUCACGGCCUUGUAGAGUUCGGUGAAAAUGUUUACUAAGGGACACGGCGUGUCCUGCCCUCACCCCCAGGACACUGAAGACUCUGUUUGAAUCAGACUCAUGAGUUUCUUCCUAGCCACUCUCAGAGACAGGAAUGCUUCUGGUGAAGAAGUUUGUGGUGGCUCAUGGAGCUUCCGUUCACCAGCCUGGAAAUAGCAUUCAUUUUAUUGGCUUUUGUUAUCUUUUCUUUAUUUACUCUGGCUUCCAUCUACACUAACCCAGAUGAGAGGAAUGAAGAUAAAAAUCAUAAAAAGAAAAUUAGAGAGAGGCAGAGACACAGGCAGAGGGAG